UUUCAGAACCAAUCAUGGCGGGCGGAGCCGUCAUCGAGAAUCUGAGCAAUCGGAAGCUUUUCGUCAUUUUCGCGGGUCUUUUGGUCAUUCAAAUUAUGUUCUUCCUGAUUGGUGCCUGGUAUGCUCCAUCGCCAUCUUCUUACAUGGAAUUCGAAAUGAUAACUUGUCGUGACGAGACCAAAGGACUAUCUGGAGAAUGGAUUCAUCGAGAUAAUUGCCAGCAAAUAUCGGAGUUGUCAGAGUACACACCGUCCUCAUUCGAUCUUCGAGAAAUUGUGUUCAUCGCGAAAAUGCCGCAUACUCGUGACGGAAUCGAGCUCGAAUACUCCCCGUGGUUCCAGUUCUUGCUCGGCGUGCUUCAUGUCGACGUGGAAUACAGUGAGCACUUUAAAUACGUGGCACAUGCUCCACUGGAGCUGGAAGUUCGUAUGGGAUAUCGUGACAAGGAAUCAAAGAAAAAUGAAUGGAAAGAGCUGGUCACGUCGAAUGUUACACGCAUUUUGGAGUGCACAAUUGCUGAGGAUGAGAAAAAAGCCGGUGGAACCUACGACUGCGACAUGCUUGAUCUCUUCGAACUUGGCUCAAGCUCCUACCCAUUCUACCUGAUCAAUAUUCGAAUUCCGAUUAAUCAGCAGGCGUGCCAAUUCGAUAAUAAAAGUGCAAAUUGUCAAAUUGGGAAGCUCACCGGCCUACGACUCAUCGAAAUUCAUCAAAACGGAGGAUUCACACUUGUUUGGCUUUGGACUAAGACUUUUAUGACACCAGUUGUGGCGAUUUGCCUGUGGUGGUAUUAUAAUAGAAUCAACCAACUCGCCAGAAACCCACUUUUACUGGAACGUGCCAUUCUUCUGCUCGGCCUAAGUCUCGUCAUUCUCGACUUCCCAAUUGAAUGGAUCUCCUUGACCUACCGUAUUCCAUUCCUACUUCUUAUUUCGGAUCUUCGUCAAGGUCUCUUCUACACUGUGCUCUUCUCGUUUUGGCUCAUUUUUGCCGGCGAGCAUCUGAUCGAUGAUAAUACCAGAAAUAAUUUGAAAUCCUACCGCUUCAACCUCUCGUUCAUAAUCACCGCCUCGCUGGGCCUAUUAAUCUACGAUCUCAUCGAACGCGGAAUCCAGCUCUACGAUCCUUUCUACAGUGUCUGGUCAUCACCGACAGGCUCACAGAUCGCCUAUUUCGCGAUUUUCAUCUCCGCCAUCAGCACCGUCGCCUAUUUUAUUUUUCUUUUCUUCAAAAUCGCCAGGGUUUGGAGCACAAUCAAGAGCAAACGGAGUGCUCAAAUCUAUCAAACGAGCGAAAAUCGACGGCUUAAAGUGGAGGGAGUGAUCUACCGAUUCAAAUUUCUGAUGCUCUUCACCUUGCUCUGCUCCGCAUUCACAAUCGCCGCAUAUUUCAUGAAACAAUACGGAGAAGCACAGCUUCAUGGGGAUGAAGCUCGUGAUGGAUUCCUUACUGGAAGCACAUCGGCAUUCUUUACCGGCGCUUUCGGAAUGUGCAAUAUUUAUGUUCUUUUGCUGCUUGCCAUGUACGCCCCAUCGCACAAACAUUAUCGUGGAGCUUCUCAAUUGAUCGACGAGAACGACGACGACGAAAUAAUGGAGGAUCCAUCGAAUCAGCACACCGAGUCGAAUGCAAUGACGACAUUCCUGAAGCCGAGCACCGAUUGAAGCAAGCACCGGCAGCAGCAUAAUGUAUAAAUUCCCACAUCCACCCACUCAUUUUUUUUUCGUUUGUACCAAGAUUCUCAAUUUUUCUCACCUUCUUAAUUGCAUUUUUUUUGUCUUUUCAGCUUUAGUGCUCUUUUGCUCUUUUUUCAUCGAAAAAUACAAAUUUUCAACUACUA